GACAUACGGGCUCCGCAGCCGAAAGCGUCCCAUCUCUCUUAGGGUCGAGGGUCUCCGAGUCUCCCAAAAUGGCCGGCAGUCGAGAUUGCGCUAAGGAGCAGCUGAAGCGCUGGCAAGAGCAGCGGGACUCCCAGGAAUGCGAUUGCUUAACCACAGGAGCAGGAAUCCCAGUGGGAGACAAGCUGAAUGUCCUAACCGUUGGUCCAAGAGGUCCACUCCUGGUUCAGGAUGUGGUUUUCACCGAUGAGAUGGCACACUUUGACCGAGAGAGGAUUCCCGAGAGAGUUGUCCAUGCCAAAGGAGCCGGAGCAUUUGGCUAUUUUGAAGUGACUCAUGAUAUCACCAUAUACUGCAAGGCAAAGAUAUUUGAGCACAUAGGCCAAAAAACUCCAAUGGCAAUUCGAUUUUCAACUGUUGCUGGGGAAUCUGGCUCAGCUGACACAGUGCGUGACCCUCGAGGUUUUGCAAUGAAAUUCUACACUGAAGAUGGAAAUUGGGAUCUUGUAGGGAACAACACUCCCGUUUUCUUCAUUAGAGAUGCAAUGCUGUUUCCAUCUUUUAUCCAUACCCAAAAGAGGAAUCCACAGACACAUCUGAAAGAUCCAAACAUGGCAUGGGACUUCUGGAGUCUUCGUCCUGAGUCUCUACACCAGGUAUCAAUCAUGUUCAGCGAUCGUGGCAUUCCAGAUGGGCACCGUCACAUGAACGGCUAUGGGUCACAUACUUUUAAGCUAGUCAAUGCUUACGACAAUGCAGUAUACUGCAAAUUUCAUGUAAAGACUGAUCAAGGAAUUAAAAACCUCCCUGUCAAAGAUGCAGAAAGAUUGGCUUCUGAAGAUCCGGAUUAUGGCCUGCGUGAUCUUUACAAUGCAAUUGCUAAUGGAAACUUCCCCUCUUGGACUUUUUAUAUUCAAGUUAUGACAUUUGAGCAAGCUGAAUGGUUUCCAUUUAAUCCUUUUGAUGUAACAAAGGUUUGGCCUCACAAAGAUUAUCCUCUCGUUCCUGUGGGAAAAAUUGUCUUAAACCAAAAUCCCGUCAAUUAUUUUUCUGAAGUGGAACAAUUGGCCUUUGAUCCAAGCAACAUGCCUCCAGGCAUUGAACCUAGCCCUGAUAAAAUGUUACAGGGUCGUCUUUUCUCAUAUCGAGAUACCCACGGACACCGUCUGGGACCCAACUACCUUCAGAUUCCUGUAAAUUGUCCAUACCGAACUAAGGUGGCCAAUUACCAGAGAGAUGGACUUAUGUGCAUUUCUGAUAACCAGGGUGGUGCUCCAAACUAUUAUCCAAAUAGUUUUACUGGCCCUGAGGAACAGCCCGCUUUGAAGGAGAGCUGUGUAUUUAUCUCAGGAGAUGUACAACGUUUUAAUAGUUCAGUUGAGGAUAAUGUCUCUCAAGUACGGGACUUCUUUGUCAAAGUACUGAAUGAGGAAGAGCGCAUGAGACUUUGUGAGAACAUUGCCAACCAUCUUAAGGAUGCUCAGCUAUUCAUCCAGAACAGAGCUGUGAAAAACUUUACUGAUGUUCAUCCUGAUUAUGGUGCAGGCAUUCAAGCCUAUCUGGAUAGACACAAUGCUGAAGGAAAAAGAAAGGUAAGAAAACAUUUUAAUACACAAACUUCGUUCACUGGAAAGGAGAAACCUCAUCUGUAAAUGGCAUGACCUGUAAUUAUCAGUC